AUGCUGAGCUCAUUAAAACCCAACAACGCAUCAUAUUUAAACCCUAAAACUGUAAUUUUGAUUGGAAUUCCUGGCCUAGAGCAUGUACAGUUUUGGAUUGGAUUUCCAUUCUCUGCAGUGUGCCUAGUGGCUCUCUUGGGAAAUAUAAUUUUGUUGGUCAUCAUCCCAGCUGAGCGUAGCUUGCACCAGCCCAUGUACAUCUUCCUGGCAGUGCUGGCAGCUACAGACAUAGGACUCUGUGUGGCCAUUGCCCCCAAAAUGUUAGCUAUCUUUUGGUUCAGAGCUUAUUCCAUGGCCUUUGAUGCCUGCCUACUCCAGCUGUUCUUUAUUCAUACUUUGCAGGGCAUGGAGUCUGGUAUUCUACUGGCAAUGGCUUUUGAUCGCUACAUUGCCAUCUGUGAUCCUCUGAGGCACACUUCUAUCCUCACACCCUUAGUUGUAGGUCGUAUGAUAGUGGUGGUGGUAAUUCGAGCAAUCGUGCUUGUAGGUCUGCUACCGAUUCUAAUAAAAAGACUGCAUCUUUUUUAUUCCAUUCAAAUUGCCCACUCUUACUGUGAGCACAUGGCUGUGGUAAAGCUUUCAGCAGAUGAUGUGCAUGUCAAUAAAAUAUGCGGUCUUUUUGUGGGGUUUAGCAUUCUGGGAUUUGACAUGAUUUUCAUCCUCAUCUCAUAUGCACUGAUUUUCCGGGCUGUUUUUCAACUUCAACAAAAGGAGGCACGGCUCAAAGCCUUUAAUACCUGCACUGCUCACAUUUUUGUUUUUCUAGAGUUUUAUAUUCUUGCCUUUUUUUCCUUUUUCAGUCACCGGUUUGGUCUUGUUGUUCCCUCAACUCACAUUCUUCUGUCAACAAUCUACCUCCUCCUGCCACCUGCUCUCAACCCUAUUGUUUAUGGUGUAAAAAACAUGGUCAUUCGUAAGCGGGUGGCACAGAUCUUUCUUCUGAAUUGUGGGUGCCAGACACUUCCUUGCAGAAAGGCUGAUAUAUGCUAG